AUGGGACAGAGUACUUCACGAGUACAACCGUUUACGGAGAGCGAGCAGGUCUACGACCUCCCUCACAGUAAACCCCCAAAAUCCAGCCCCGACACGGCAGAGAAACAUCAUCCUCAUCGGCCUGAUGAGAAGACUGUGGAUGAAGGGGAGGGAACUGUGCUUCCCACCUCUCCUCUGAAAGACGAGAAGAAGAACAAUAAAAAGAAAGUGGGCCACUUCUUAAAAUGGUUCUCUUCCCGUUUGAGGAAAAAAAUUACCAAAAUCAAGAUCUCAGGUCAGGAUGAGAUGAAAGACCAAGAUCAGAAGCCUCAACAGCCCAUCUGCAGAUCUGUAGAGGUCACUGAUCUCGAGGAACCUCACACCAGUGUUCUUCAAGUCCCUCCUGCUGCUGAGCCUCUGGUGCAGAAAGACCUCCAAACUCAAGACCACGAUGCUCCAGUCAGUGUGAGAGCAGGUGAAGUGUCUCCUCUGAUGAUAGAAUUGGACAGCAAUGAAGUGGACACGAGACCUGAAGACAACAUUUGCCGCCGAUAUGCAAUUGGCAGCAAGCUGGGUCAAGGUGGAUUUGGUGCCGUCUAUAAUGCGACUCGUUUGGAGGAUAGACUUAAGCCUGAUCAUCCCAAGCCCCUUCCCAAAGAAGUCGCCCUGACAAUUCUGGCCAAUAAAGGCCCAGUGAUGGAUAUUAUUAGGCUGCUGGACUGGCAGGACCAGCAGAACUUCUACGUCAUUGUCGUCCAGCGCUUCUCACACUGCAUGGAUGUUUUACGCUUUGUGCAACGCAAUGGAGGCAGCAUCGAUGAGAAGUUAGCGAAGCUCAUCAUGUUUGGCGCAACACUAGCCGCCAGUGCAUGUUGUAGACGUGGAGUUUACCAUGGGGACAUCAAGUUAGAGAACCUGCUGAUAAACUUGGAGAACCUCCAAAUCAAACUAAUUGACUUUGGAUGUGGCAGUGUCCUGACAGAAUCUGCCUACACAAGCUUCAGUGGAACAGUUAUGUACUGUCCUCCCGAGUACAUACUGAAGGGGGAGUUCCAUGGAAAGCCAGCGACGGUCUGGUCUUUAGGGAUCCUCUUGUUCAGAAUGCUGUGUGGACACUUUCCAGAUAGUUACGACUUCUACAGGACCAACUUGAACACCUGGUCCAAACCUGGCUUGACAGAAGAAUGCUGCUAUUUGAUCUGCUCCCUUCUGCAGCAAAAGCCAGAACGUCGGAUUGAUCUGGACAGGAUUGUUUACCAUGACUGGUUUUAG